AUGGCGAACCUCAUGGAAAUUGCCAUUAUCGGCAUGUCUUGCCGUUUGCCAGAUGACAUAAAGACUCCUGGUGACUUUUACCGCAUGCUAUGCCGCAAAAGAGCAGGAUGGUCACAAGUGCCCGCCGACCGCUUCAACGCGAAGGCAUAUCAUAACUCGGACCCGAAUAAGAAGGGUUGCUUUAACUCUGAAGGUGGCUACUUCAUCCAAGACGACAUCUACAUGUUUGACGCCGGAUUCUUCGAUAUCACCAAGAAGGAAGCUGAGUCAAUGGACCCUGCACAGCGGUUGUUGCUAGAAUGCGCAUAUGAAGCCUUGGAGAAUGCCGGAGCACCGAAAGAGUCGGUAGCAGGUAAGAAGGUUGGUGUGUUCAUCGGCGGUAACUACGGGGAACACCGGGUUGCCAACCUCCGCGACUUGGACAACACCCCAAGCUUCGAUGCCACCGGCAACCAAGGAGCCUUCCUCGCCGGUAGGCUGGCUUACUACUUUGACUUACGAGGCCCAACAAUUACCGUCGACACUGCGUGCUCGUCCAGCAUGCAUGCUUUGCACCUCGCUGUGCAGAGUAUCCGGUCAGGGGAGUCGGAGCAAGCCAUCGUGGGCGCGUCCCACCUCAUAACCGACCCGGACAUCUGGGCAUCCAUGGGAAACCUCCGCCUGUUCUCGGCUGACGGCAGGACCCACGCUUUCGACCACCGCGCCAAGUCGGGGUAUGCGCGGGGCGAAGGCGCCGGGUGCUUAAUCCUGAAGCCGCUGCACCAGGCCCGGGCUGAUAAUGACCAUAUCUUUUCCGUCAUCACGCACACGGGUAUUAGCCACAACGGACGUACCGUCGGCAUCGUGGCUCCCUGCCCCGACGCCCAGGAGAAGCUGGUUACCCGAGUGCUCAGGGAGGCGGGCAUCCACCCCUGGGAAGUGGGCUUUUUUGAGGCUCACGGAACAGGUACAAAGAAAGGGGACCCGAUCGAAGCCAGGGGUAUUUACAACGCUGUCGGUCGUUAUUUUUCGCCCGAGAACCCGCUCCACAUUGGGUCCGUGAAGCCCAAUGUUGGCCAUCUGGAAUGUGCCAGCGGCAUCAUUUCGAUCAUCAAGGGAGCUCUCAUGCUGUACUACGGUUUCAUCCUGCCCAAUGCCGACUUCGAGCGGGUAAAUGAAGCCAUCCCAUUGGCGGCGUGGAACAUGCGUGUGGCAACACGACAGAAGCCGUGGCCGAGGAACACCAACCGUCUCUGUAUCAACAACUUCGGCUUUAGCGGAUCCAACUCGACUUGCGUCCUGAGCACUACCCCGAGAUGCAGAAGCAUUGAAAUCGCCGAUAACGGCGCCUACAGCCCUCUCAGGCUCUUCGUACUCUCGGCCAACGAUGAAACGGCACUUCGCAAGUCCGUGAGCAAACUGGGGAUUUGGAUCGAACAGCACGCCGAGCUUUACCAAACCACCAUGCCGCGGAACCUGGCCUACACACUUUGCCAACGCCGGUCACACUUGCAAUGGCGGAUGGCCGUUGUUGCGGGCAUGUGUAGCGACGUCACCAAGGCCAUCAACAGCCACGAGGCCGUCCCGACACGGGCACCCAGCGUGCCUCCUAAAGUGGCAUUCGUGUACACUGGGCAGGGCGCCCAGUGGUUUGCCAUGGGCCGGGAGCUCAUGAAAACGCAUCCCGUGUUCCUAGACUCUAUCAAACGCGCUGACAAUGUACUAGGCGUCUUACGUGCCGAUUUCACCGCCUCUGAGGAACUCAACAGAGAUGAGGAUUCGACCAGGGUCGGCCUGGCCCAGAUCAGCCAGCCCAUCUGCACCGCAGUGCAGCUAGCCCUAACCGACCUUUUUGCCUCCUUCGGUGUGACGCCCGGCGCCGUCACGGGCCACUCGAGCGGAGAGAUUGGAGCGGCUUAUGCCGCAGGCGCCUUGACCUUUGUGGACGCCAUGACCAUCGCUUACUGGAGGGGUCAGGUAGUCAUCGAGCUGCGAAACAGCCAUCCGCAGCUGAGAGGCGCUAUGAUGGCGGUGUCUCAUAACGCGGACGACAUUCAGGAGUUGGUGGAGGCGAUGAACCGUAUUCAUCAACCUCAGGUGACGAUCGCUUGCGUGAAUUCGCCCAUGUCGGUCACUCUGUCCGGUGACGAGGCGGGCAUCGACCUGAUAGCCGAACACUUGCAGAGCGCCAAUAUCUUUCAUCGGAAGCUUUUCGUUGAUGUGGCAUACCACUCCCGGCAUAUGGGCAUAAUUGCCCCCGCAUAUAGGUUCUUGAUCGGCCUCAUUGAACCGUUGGACGGGCGCAACCGCGAUGUCCAAUUCUUUUCAUCGCUCCGUGGCUGCAAGGUUCGCCCUGAGAGGUUGGGACCACGAUACUGGGUCGACAAUCUCACCGAGGCCGUCCAAUUUUCCACGUCCUUGGAGCAGCUCUGCAACGAAUACUCGCCCGACAUACUCGUAGAGAUCGGGCCCCACGCCGCACUCAAGGGGCCCAUCCUGCAAGGGAUCAAGGAGUUUUUGGGUCCGGCGGCCAUGAAGAUCUCGUAUCUCCCCACCCUGGUCCGCGGCCAGGAUGCCACGCGGACAUGCCUGGAAACGGCCGGCCAGCUUUUCCUUCACGGCUACCCCCUGAACUUCUUCGAGAUCAACCAUAACCGCGAAGAGGCAGAGAGGCCGGAGCUGCUUGCAGCCCUGUACACAUACCCGUGGUCGCGCCAAAGAUACUGCUACGAGUCCAGAAUUACCCACCAGCACCGGUUCAAGCCAUUCCCAAGAUACGACGCGCUGGGCACGUUGGCUGACUGGUCCGAUUCUCUAAACCCGACAUGGCGAAACAUUAUCCGCACAGAAGACUUGCCCAAGGUCAGGGAGUACCAGGCGUCAGCCCAGACCGCAUAUAUGAACGAGCUAUCUACUGUGGCGUUUGAAAUCAGGGACCUUGUGGUUUCUGAGCAUCUGUACUUGAUGGACGACCAAGACGUUGAGGUACUCGUAAGCUUCCAGGCCUCGAAUUCAGGGGACAAGAGAAGCCACGGGUUCAAGAUUUUGUCCUACGGGCCAACCCAGGAGUGGACGGAGCACUGCACUGGGACUGUGACAGCAAUGCCAGACAUGCCGGUGUCUGAGCGCCCGGAGAUCGACUGUGGCUCAAAGCUGUAUGCAUCCGAGCUAAAGGAAUAUCAUGAAGAAGAGGUGUAUUUCAGGCUGAUGGGAAAGGGGUUCACAUACCCAGAGGCUUUCAGGACCUUGACCAAUGUCAGAGUGAAGGAGCACCAAGUGACGGGGGUGUCAGAUCUUCGCGAGCUCUUCAUCAUGGACGACCUCCACUACGGAGCUCACCCGGGUAUCGUCGAGUCCAUGCUCCAGGCAACGUUAUUCACCCACAAGAACGAGGAUGGCAGGCCGUCUGAGGUACCAUGCCUCCUGUCCUCGAUCCGUCACAUAGCUAUUGUUGCGGAUUGGCGCCCGAGUCUGGGCAACCAGACGGCUGUGAAAGCAACUCUGGAUGAAAACAGGGCUUCUUCCACGGUGGAACUCUUUGGCGCCAUUGGUAAUGUGGCCGUGGGGUCGGCGGCCGUUUCCAUGCUGGGCGUGAGGUUCAAGGCGUUGGUGCCCUUCCCGCCGAAAGCCCCACCGCGCGAGUUGUGCUUCAAGAUGCAUUGGGACCAACUGGACGAGGGCGCGUUGGACAUGAACUCAGCCGUGCCCAGGGUCGGAAAGGAUACGCCAAUCUUCGUGGCCGUUGUCACUCGAUUCAACGAGAACGUCUUCAACGACCCAUUCAUGUGGAGCUUGGUCCUGCAUCUGAAUAACACGGUGCGUGCCGGCUUGCGCCGGGCUUUAUGGAUGUGGCCAGUCCCCUACGACUACCCUUGGGAUUGGAGUAGCUGCUUUGUCAUUAUUCCCGAACUGGACACGGCUGCAAUCUACUCUGCUGACCACUGUCACAUCCCGAUCAAUAUCGUCACGAAGAUACUCACUGAGUCCCGUGGCGUCAUGUGGGUGACGAAAGGGGCUUAUCGCAUUCCACAGACGCCGACUGUGAACUUAGGUCUCGGUUUGGUCCGGACAGCCCGCUCGGAAAGGGGCGCGGUCGCAAGCACGCUCGACUUGGAUCCUGGUUACAACACCUCCAUCGAUCUACAAGCCAAGCUGGUCGUUGACGCAUUCGCCCUAUCGGUGCUCUCGGAAAAUCCAGAGGCUGAGAUGGAGUUUGCCGAAGUGGACGGGAAGCUUGUCGUUCCCCGGAUUCUUCCCGACCCUGAACUCAAUCUGGACGUCCACCGCUCCUUGGGCCACGCCGUGCCAUAUCUCCAAGCAUAUGAGCCAUCUCGCCGGCUGCAACUUCACCGUGGCACAGAUGCCUCUUCUCCCGAGGACCUCUAUUUCGAGGACAGCUGCUUUGGCGUGUUGGGGGCGGACGAAGUUGAGAUUAAGGUCCAUGCGACUGCUCUAUCAGUCGACGACGUCACAACAGGGACCGUGGACGAGCCAGGCGCGACCAUUCACCGCAGCUGCGCCGGCUAUGUCACCCGUAUUGGUGCACAGGUCGAUGACAUCUCCGUGGGACAGAAGGUUUGCGCCCUCACCAACAGUCCCUACGCGACCUACGUUCGGGCAAGCUCUACUAGUGUCGCACUCCUCCCAGACGGCAUCGACAUGGAGGUGGCUGCGUGCAUCCCCGUCCACUUCCUCCCCGUACAUUACGCCUUCAAAGAGAUUGCCCGAGUCAAGCGAUUCGACCGUGUGCUCAUCCAAGUCUCGGGGCCCAUCGGAUUUGCCGCACUUAGGGUGGCGCACAAGUUCGGGGCCGACUACUAUGCUCUAGUCACGAACGAUGAGCACCAGAUACUGGUAGAGACAAUAUUGCCGUCCAACCGCGUCCUUGACGCACGAAACAUCCAUCUGGCCGAGCAGAUUUGGGAGGUCACGGAGGGCCGGGGGAUGGAUGUCUGUUUGGCCAUAUCAGGGUGCGAAAAUGGCAGCACGUGGGAGUGCCUCCGUGCUUUUGGGAUAUUUGUUGAGAUCAAGGGGCCAGGUAAUCACAAGAGGACGCAAGCCCACCUGCGCGCAAACACGGUCUUCGCGUCCGUCGACAUGCUCAGUAUUGCUGUCGAGUAUCCGGAAGAUAUGAAGGAAGCCUUGACGGAGGUUGUCUCCAACUUUGACGCGGGCGAACUUUCGCCGGGCAUCUGCAUCACAACGUUUAUGAUCUCGAGCCUGCCCGAGGGGAUAGCACUGAUACGGGACGGUUAUAUGGCCCACGUGGUGAUUGCGACACAGGAGGGGGAUGAAUCGGUGAUGACCCUGAAGGAAAAGUCGGGCGACUUGUUCCAAAGCCCAGGGACCCAUAUCAUUGUCGGUGGAACGGGCGGCUUGGGUCGAUCCGUGGCUAAAUACAUGAUCCGGAACGGCGCACGCACUAUUGCGCUGCUUUCGAGAAGUGGUGGCGAAGACGUGAUUGACCAUCUGCGAGACGAGAUGACACAAUACGGAGCCGAUGUGUUUGUGUUGAGGUGCGAUGUUAGCAAACUUCACCAUGUCCGGCGAGACAUUUACUAUUGUGCGAAGCAUCUGCCCCCGAUUCGCGGCGUGGUCCACGCUGCAAUGGUGCUUCGGGACGGUCUACUCGAAAACAUGACCGGUCAAGAUUACUACGACGUCAUCGCGCCAAAGGCACACGGCGCAUGCAACCUUGAUAUUGCCCUUGCAUGGAUGGGCAUCAAAGUGGAUUAUUUUGUCGCCUUCUCCUCAGCGGCGGGCAUCAUCGGCAGCCGCGGACAGGCCGCUUACGCUGCUGCAAACACCUUCCUCGACUCGCUAAUGGAAUCGCGGAGACACCGGGGUUUGCCCGGCAACUCGCUGGAUCUGACCGCGGUCACAGGGGUCGGGUACCUUGCUGAAAACGCCAACAGGGAGAGGGAAAUCCUGCGCAACUUUGGGGACGAGACGCUUGACGAAGCGGAGGUCUUGGCGCUUCUCUCAGCCGCCGUCCGUGGUGUUGCUCCCUGUCAAACCCUGACAGGGCUGAAGUUGCAUCUUGGCAGCGAUGGCCAAUGGCCCUACUUCGCCAACGACGCCCGCUUUGCGUAUUUGAAGGCCGAAGGCUUGGCAGCCGCCGAGGAGGAAGGACUCGUGGUGAAGGAAGAUGUGUCUCCGGGGGAGGCGUUCCGGGGGGCAAGGUCGGACGAGGAGGCAGCAUAUGUUGCGGCCCGGGGUCUUGCAGAGAAGCUUUCGGAGGUCUUGAGCGUUGCGGUGGAGGAUGUGGAUGUCGACAGAAACAUCACGUCGUACGGGUUAGACUCGCUCACGGCUAUUGAGCUUCGGAAUUGGAUCGCUAAGGAGCUUCGUGUCAAUCUCCAGAUUUUGGAGCUGUUGUCGAGCGGGACCCUCAGCGAUCUGGCAGCGUUGAUUGUGCAGAAGGCAAAGUCGUGA